UCUUCCCUCCCCGCCGAGGGCGCGUUAGAGACAUCCGGUUCCGCCCCGAAUCACCGGGAAGGAGGGACGCGCGGCAUCAGUCGCUCCUCCCCGUGCCUUUGCCUGGGAGCGAACCGGACCCUGAGCUCGAACAGAGUGUUUAGCCUUUGACGUUUACCAAAGAAAUGGUGAUGGAGAAGCCAAGUCCGCUGCUUGUAGGGCAAGAGUUCGUGAGACAGUAUUAUACCCUGCUAAAUAAAGCACCAGAUUUCUUACACAGGUUUUAUGGCAGGAAUUCUUCAUAUGUCCAUGGUGGAUUAGAUGCUAAUGGCAAGCCAGAGGAAGCAGUGUAUGGCCAAGCUGACAUUCACAAAAAAGUGAUGUCCCUGCAGUUUAGUGAGUGCCGCACUAAGAUUCGCCAUGUUGAUGCCCAUGCAACACUGAAUGAUGGAGUAGUUGUACAAGUCAUGGGGGAGUUGACAAACAAUGGACAACCAAUGAGAAAGUUCAUGCAAACUUUUGUGUUGGCUCCAGAAGGAUCUGUUCCAAACAAGUUUUAUGUUCACAAUGAUAUAUUUCGAUAUGAAGAUGAAGUAUUUGGUGAUUCUGAACCUGAACUUGAUGAAGAAUCAGAAGAUGAAGUAGAAGAGGAGAAUGAAGAAAGGCAAACAUCACCUGAACCUGUACAAGAAAAUACAAGCAGUACUUACUAUGAUAGUCAUCCUGUAACUAAUGGAAUAGAAGAAACAUUGGAAGAGUCUUCUCAUGAACCUGAACCAGAGUUAGAAUCUGAAUCAAAAACUGAAGAACUAAAAACUGAAGUGGAAGAAAAAAAACUUGAAGAAGUAGAAGAAAAAUCUCCAUCCCCACCUCCUGUAGAAACUGUUUCUCUACCACAGGAACCACCAAAGGCUUUCUCCUGGGCUUCAGUGACCAGUAAAAAUCUGCCUCCUAGUGGUACUAUUUCUUCUUCUGGAAUUCCAAGUCAUGUUAAAGCACAAGUCUCACAGCAAAGAGUUGAAACAAAAUCUGAAAACCAGUCUCAAUCACCUCGUGUUCGUGAACAGCGUCCAAGGGAGCGGCCAGGUUUUCCAUCAAGGGGACCCAGGCCAGCCCGGGGGGAUAUGGAUCAAAAUGAGUCAGAUAGUCGUCGAAUAAUUCGAUAUCCUGAUAGCCACCAGCUCUUUGUUGGCAAUCUGCCACAUGACAUUGAUGAAAAUGAACUGAAAGAGUUUUUUAUGAGUUUUGGGAAUGUUGUGGAACUUCGUAUCAAUACAAAAGGUGUUGGAGGAAAACUUCCAAACUUUGGCUUUGUGGUGUUUGAUGACUCUGAACCAGUUCAGAAAAUUUUAUUGGCUAAACCCAUAAUGUUCCGUGGUGAGGUGCGUUUGAACGUAGAAGAAAAAAAGACCAGAGCUGCUCGUGAAAGAGAAACUCGAGGUGGUGGUGAUGAUCGCAAGGAUAUUCGACGCAGUGACAGAGGUCCUGGGGGUUCACGAGGCAUAGUGGGUGGUGGAAUGAUGCGAGACCGUGAAGGCAGAGGACCACCCCUGAGAGGGGCCAUGGCCCAGAAGCUUGGCUCUGGAAGAGGAACUGGGCAGAUGGAAGGCCGGUUCACAGGUCAACGUCGCUGAAGAUUCAUUGUUGGCAGGCAGUCUUGACAGUGAUACAUUAUUCGUCAUGUUUGCAUUUUUGUUAAUUUUCUGGCUUUGGAAUGUAACACAGCCUUUUUUUAUCAUUUCUUUGAUGUGAAAAACAUCUUUUGAUCACCAGGUAAAUUGUGGUGGACAUUCUUUUCCUAAUUUCAUGACGAAGUCAUAAUGUUAAUUUAUAAAUUAGACUUGAAGAUUAGGGAAUGAGAAAUGAUCAUUUAAACUUUCUGCAGCAACAAUAAAGGACAAAGGGUAUGCCUAAUUGAGUUAAGGUCUUUCGGGUGUGUUAAAAUCCUUCUGCUGCACAUUUUGUUUAAGUGUUACUGUUGGAAAUACAAAUAGUGCAAUCUUUGAAUUGGAAAAGCUUGCCCCCCCUUUUUUUUUUCUUUUAGAACUCUUGACUCCAAACAACUCAUGUUUUGUGAACUUUAAACGCACUAAUGGGUACCUGCCUCAUUUUACAUUGACAUCUGCUGAAAGCAGCAAGGAAAAAUAAUAGCUUGUGAAACGAUGCGGGCAUCUGCUCUGUUUGCUGUGACCAAUAUAUGUAUACAUAAACCUUAACAAGACUAAAAAUAUGUUCCAGAAGGAAACCAUUUAGCUAUAAACACAAAUGUAAAACUUCAAAAAUCAUAGUUUUUUUUUUCUUUUUUAAAAGUCUUAUGAGCUUUCUGCCUCUCUGUAGAUGGGGAUGGCUGAUUGCUCAACACACUCCUCUUACCUUUUCCCGUUCUGUAAGCAGUGUACAGUGAAAAAUUGUCUUUACUGUAUUGAGGUCUCUGGUAAUGUAAUAAGCAUGAUGGUGCCUUCUAUUAAAUACAUCAUUCCAGUCUUGCUGGUGAUUUUGUACAGUAUAGUGUAUGAAUGGCUGUGCUGCAAAACUUUAACAGCUGUAAAAAUGUUUAUAAAAUCAUUGUAUAAAAUUGCAGUAUCUUUAAAUCAGUAAAGGCUACUGGAAUAUUACUUCCCUAGCUCUAUAGUUAAGUUUUUGAAGCCUUUGAACAAAAAAGGUAUUAAGUAGUAGAUACUUUUUAAAAACGAAAAAUUGGUUAUGAAAUUGAGUAUUCCUUUUGCAUAGAUAAGUCCAAAGUUAAUCAAGUGGGGGUUUUUUUUUUGUUUUAAGUAUACUCCAGGUAACAUAUUUAACAUACAACUUGUUACACUCAAGGAUACUGCAAUUUUCAUAGAGCAGGGAAAUAGCUCAAAUACUUGCUACUUUCAAUUUUUGAACUAUCACCCAUUUUGCACAAACUCUGAAGUGACUUUGCCUACAAGGCUCAGAUUUGUAUAUAGAGGGAAGAUCUCUCUUUUUAUGUAUUUGGACUUGGUAGAGCAUCUUGCGCUUGGGUGAGAGGUUUGCCAUUUCCAGUUCCUGUUUGCGUAGAGAGCACAUUCCAGAAAACUGUAGAGGUAGCAACAGUACUCCCCAGCUUCAGCUAGACAGUUCAACAAACCCUCAGGCUUACUCUUGAAGAGGGGAGACAAAGCUUGUGACCGUUCAGAGCUGCUCUAAACAUGGAAGACCUCAUAUGCUAUUAUGUAACAAAAACAUGUAAUGCAAGAAGCAUUUGGUGAAACUAACCAUUUGUUGUUUCCUAAAACUGUGGAAAAUUUUGCCUAUAUGUUGGGGAUGGAGUAAGUUUAUAUUGUUUUUUACUCCCCAAAUUGAGAUCUUCCAUGUUUGAUGGUAAGUCUUGCACUAUUUUCAUACACUUUCUGGGGUACAUUUUUCUCUUUCCAUGUUUAUGUGGGGGGAGGGGGUUGCGUUGAAUUGUUUCAUUUUCAGAUGAUACCUGGAUAUGUAGUACUUGAAUGCUUCUCCAUGAACCAUAUCGAAUUGGAAAGCUUUUUUUUAAACUGCUUUUCUCAACAAGCAGUUACAUACCAAUAUAUCAGUAUUUAUGUUAUUUGGCUUUUUAGUGCUAUAAUAUUGCCCUACCAUUUCCUGUAAAAAAUGUUAAGGCAAGCAGCACCAAUGGAAUAAUAAUUAAAAAAUGACAAUUAGAGGAGCUACUGAGCUAUUGAGUUUUCCAGUUUGCUUCUUUAAAUGCUAUGAACUAACUAUUGGAAGCAUACACAGACAUUUACAUGGUGAUUGUUCACCUACUUUAUGAUGGAAACAUAGUGUUCUUGUCCCUCUUUUCAAUAAAUGUACCUCUAGAAGAAAAGAACAGAUCUCUUUGACCUAUUUUAUUGCUUAUUUGUUGAUAUAGGUAAUAUUGCUAUUGUUACAGUCCUAUGUCAACAAACUUGCUUUAAUUAUCUUUUGGCUUUAGUAGGUAUGCAAACAAUGGACUACCAUCUUUAUUGCUGUAAUGUGUUGAGCAUUAUAUGCUAGUAGAACCUAGUUUAAUUGUUGCAGGUGGAAAAUAUUUACUUUUAAGUUUUCAUUUUUGAAUGUGUUUUGACUAAACAUACUAAUAAACUACUGAUGUCUGCAGCAUUUACAAAUGGUCCAGAAUUCUCUUUCAGUGUGAUUUAGUAUUCCAGUUUGGCAACUUUCUGACAGUAAGCCUGCUUUGGUAAUGUACAAAACUGCCUCAUCCAUAUCAUUUCACACUGAACUGUGGUACGUUACAGGUAGUCCUAGCUUAACAAUGGUAAUUGAGACUGGCAAUUCUGUUGCUAAGCAUUACAUUGUAUGACUUAUUGGUAGUUUCAGCAGUCCAAGUUACUGUUGUUAGGUAAAUCCUAAUGGCUGCAGUGGUUGCAGCAUCCCACAAUCCCUAUUUGCAAUCUCCUGCUGACUUCCCCAUUGAUUUUGUCAGAAGCUGGCAGUAAAGACCAUAAAUGGUGAUCAUGUGAAUGUGCAAUCUGCAACCUUCAUAAAUCCAAGUCAGUUGUCAAAUGCCCAAAUUGUGAUCAUGUAACUAUGAGAAUCCUUCACAAAUACAUCUCAUUCAGCUGGUUGUUAACAAGGACUAUUUAUCUAAAUUUCUAUUGAUUGCAGCAAUUUCAUUCUAUAUUUAACAUAAAUGCUAAAAUAUUUCUUUUAUUUUAACAACUCAUUGCUGCUUACAAUUUAAUGUUUUACUUUCUUCAAUAAAAUCAGGCACCUUUUAAAAAUUGUUAGUGCACUGAUAAAACAGCCAAACCUUGACUUUAAAAACCAAAGCAAAUAGAAAGCAGACACUUAAUGAUUCUAAACUGUAUCUCUUUAUCACUUGUGCUGGUGAGCAUUCAUUUCUGUAUUGUCAUGGUUACUUCAUAUGUUUACUUUAUAUGUGUUUUUAAUUAUGUGCCAUAGGUUUGUGUCAAUAUUUAGUCAUUACUUACAUAGAUUUUUCCCAAGAUAAUCCAUUCCCAGCCUGGUUCUUUAGGCCUUCUAAAGGUGCAUUUGCUGCUGUAAUUGAGUCCAUCCAUCUUGCAAUUGAUCAUCAUCAUGUCUCUGCCAACAUUGUAAAAUUCUCAAGAGAGCUAGAUCUUCCCCUAAUGUCUUGAAAUAUGAAAAAUGACCUUGGUCAUUUGGACCUUGAUUGACUUUUUGUGAGUUUUUACUGGUUGGUAAAUGACAUAUUUUUCUACUUCACAGAAGAAGAAGAGUAGUUAAAGGAGUUCUUUCAUUCUGUCAUUUGACACCUCAAAUUUUGUGGAAUUGCAAUGUAUGUUGGGGCCUGAUGAAACCUUGACUGGUUAUGUAUAUUUAAAAGGGCAUGCAAAUUGCUUCUUAAGAUAAGAAAGAAUCAUUUCAAUAGAUAUCUUUGCCAAGGAAAACUAAAAACCUGUUCAACGGGCAUUCAAAUGAUUAUAUUUCACAAUGUCCAUGAAAAUGAUUACAGAUAGUCCUCAACUUAUGACUGGUUGCUUAACAGCUAUUCAAAGUUACAGCAGACUCCUAAAAACUACUUACAACUCAGUCCUGAAGUUAAGACUGCUGCAGCACUCCCACAGUUAUUUGCCCCCCUGCUUUGUUGCCUCCGCACAGUGUACUGGCAGGUCUUUCCCCUCACACCGGGCCCCAGCUGGCCUUUCCUUCCCCCAUUGGGUCUUAGCAAACCUUCUCCACUGAAUCCCUGCAGGCCUUUUCCCCCACUGGGUCCUCACAGGCCUUCCUAUCCCCACCAGAUACUUCCAGCCUUAAAUCUGAUUCCUGCCUCACCAAGCCACAUAUACUCUUCAUCUUUGGACGAGCUCUAGAGCAGUCCGCUGGAGCAAUUGGCUUGGAAGGGGGCCUGGUGGAGGGCAGGGAAAACCCUCCCUUACCCCUGAGGCACCUGUGCUCCACUUAAUGAUCCACAUUAACAGCUUUAUCAGGGAGAGAGGGAGCAGAGGAUAUGGGCCAUUAAAUGAGACCAUCUCACUUAAUGGCUAUCAUGUGCCCGUAAUGGAUAGGCUUCAUUAUAGUCAUAUGUUGAGGACUAUUUGUAUAUCUUAUGCUUUAUAGCUGCAUGUGGAGUGUUUGGUGUUUGAGGCUGGUUGUUUUCUUGCAGACAUUUCAUUACCCAGCUAGGUAACAUCAUCAGUAAUAGUGUGUGGUUUGUUCUUGUUUAUAUACAGUAGCUUGCCCUGCCAGGUUAGUAAGCAAGUGGUUGUCUUCUCAGUAGUUCCUUGAUUAAGGUAUUGUUUUCUGCUUGUUUGUCUGGUAUUACUUCCUGCUUUAUUUUCUGUUUGAUAUUUUUUGUCUGGUGCUUUCUGGGUGUUGACAAUAGCCUAAUUAAGGAAGUACCAAGGAGAAACAACACCCCACCAAAACUGGCAGGGAAAACUAUUAUAUAUAAGCAAGGAGCAAACCCCACAUUCACUAACACUAAUAAUAUUAGCUAAUGAAAUGUCUGCAAGCAAACAACCGAGCUCAGCACCAAGAACUCUACAAUUUAACCCUGAGUUACCUUUCUUUUUAUUGCAUAAGACUUGCUUCAUAUAUUCACUAUAGGUGAGUUUUGUUUUGCUUCACUGCUUUAUCUUGUAUGUUUUUUUUCCCAUCGUACUGAGUUUAGUUUUCUGGCAAUUAUAUAAAUAUGAUCCGCUCCUAAUCUGCUAGUGUAGUUUGCAGCUAGACACAGACAUAGAGGCUAGGUCUGGAAGGGAUUUUGAAUGUCUUCUAGUCUUAAAUCCCUACACAAGGCAGGAAAUCUUAUACCAUCCUGUGGAAUUUCAUAGUGAUGUCUCAUUUAAGUAUUAAUCUGGCCUGCCCAUCUUUCUCUCUCAAGGACAGCCAAAAAUAAUAUAAAAAUGGAAUAUGAAUCAUACUCUGAAGCUAGAUAAUAGAUAGUAUGCAUGGUUUUGCUUAGACUUAACUGCAUAUACAUUAAGAACAUUCAAUCUUCUGUACCUGGAAAGAAAGUAGGUGUUCUGCCAGUGAGAACAUGAAGUGAGAAAAUGAAGCACAAUUAGAUGGAAAAAAUGUAAAACUGUUAUAUCCGGUGACAAAACUAUUAAAUAUUUUGAAAAACA